GUUAAACUAGUGGACAUCUGACAGCGGCUCGAUGGAUAUGAGCGCUGCGUUUAAAUUUAAUCUCAGUAUUUAGGACAUAUUGCUUCACAAUGGCAAUCGUGUUACAUCUGGCCCUAUCGCUAUUAGCGGCAGUUACCGAAUGUAGCUGUGUACAACUAGACUCAAGUGAUUACAGGCUGAACGAUAUUCUCGAUGGCUGUGAGUGGAUUACCAAAAGAAAUGUGGUCUACGACAUGUUGUUGAACCGUUAUCGCAGUUACGCAAUACACAACUUUUUCCAGCUGGACGAUAUUUGUGCAGUAUAUGAAUGGAAUAAAAAUCUGAAAAACGCGGGAACUAGUGAACAAAAUGGAUCGGAUGAGAGCAAAGAAAAAUUGACCGAGGGUGAUCCACACAGUCAGGAGCAAACUGCAGAAAUCACUUCCCCGGAGGAUCACAUUGAUGAGAAGAUUAAUUCCUCCUGUGGUAGAAGUGCAAAAGAAACUUACCUUUGCUUAUCAAACAUUUUGGAAGAUCCGGUGUUGGAUGCGAUGAUUCUAGACAACCUAGAACUAAUAUGUGACCCUAGACAUUCAUCCCACAGUCACAUAAAAAAGCGAAACUCCAAGUACGUCUCGAAGCAAAAAUUCCACUCAUGGGGCGGUAAACGACAAGUAAGCAAUGUUGUCGUUCCCUGGAACGGGAAGCAGCCCGAGAGCCCCCCAUUCUUCUCAUGGGCUGGUAAACGGCAAGAUGGUACAGUCUUUUUCCCGUGGGGCGGCAAACGUAGUAUUAGCAACGGACGAAUCCAACGACAGCCGAAAGUCGUCAUUCGAAAUCCUUUCCAUGCUUGGGGUGGAAAGCGUAACCAGCAUACCGAGACACGUUUGUAAACCAUAUGUACUAUGGUACUUUGUUUCUUCUGUCGGUGGUGCAGUGACAGUGAAUCCCGUGAGAGUUAGAGCGAAUCAUUAAAUUAUUCUGUAUUUUCUUGCAAUAAAUAUAUGAUAAGUUGCCAGUGCAUGUGCCAGUUUCAUCCAUAAAAUUAUGAAUAAACAAU